AUGGAAUCAAAGUUGAUUGCAGUCGACGGAUAAUUUUUGCUUCUCUAAGAAGUGCCAACAUUUUGUACGAAAUAAUUAUAAAUAUUUGAAUAUUUGUGCUUCUCUUUUUCGAUCAGUGCUUUGUUUUCGAUUAUUCUGUUCAUUUUAUUCUUCUUUUAAUUAUUUGGUUGCUAAUAAUACAUAAAAAACUGAGAUUAUUCAAAUUUUAAAACAAACAUCAUUAGUUCUAUUACAUCGAAAAUUCCGAAUUAAAAACAAAUCAUCAAGAAAGGAAAUCGGCUGCAAUGACAAGACUUACAUUAUUUUUAAUUGGUGUGGUUGCAUUUGACUUCAUCACUGCAGCAUCCAUUAAUGGACAAGGUGCUCGAGUAGAACAGAGACUCACCAAUGAAACAUUAGAUGGACGUCUUAGAGAAGCGAUUGAAGAAGAUCGCAUUGCUGACGUUAAACUUCUCAUUGAGAAUGGUGCCAAUGUCCAUGUAAAAGACAACGAUGGAAAUACACCUCUUCACUGGGCUGCUUGGAAAGGUUACAAGGAUGUCAUCCAACUUCUCAUCAAGAAAGGAGCCGAUGUUGAUGCAAAAGCCAACAAUGGAGUCACACCUCUUCAUACAGCUGCUGAGAAUGGUAAAAAGGAGGUCAUCCAACUUCUAAACGAUGCUUAUGCAAAAAGUAACGAUGGAAAGACACUUCUUCAUAUAGCUGCUAUGGAGGGUCAAAAGGAUAUAGUCCAACUUCUCACCGAGAAUGGUGUCGAUGUUCGUGCAAAAGACAACGAUGGAAAUACACCUCUUCACUGGGCUGCUCAGAAUGGUCACAUGGAAGUCGUCCAACUUCUCAUCAAGAAAGGAGCCGAUGUUGAUGCAAAAGCCAACAAUGGAGAGACACCUCUUCACCGGGCUGCUUGGAAUGGUCAAACGGAGACCGCUCAACUUCUCAUCGAAAAUGGUGCCGAUCUUCAUGUAAAAGAAAAUGGUUAUGAUAGGACACCGCUUCACUUCGCUGCUUUGAAUGAUAAAAAGGAGACUGCUCAACUUCUCAUUGAGAAAGGAGCCCAUGUCAAUGCAACGUGCAAAUAUCAAAAGACACCUCUUCUUGAAGCCGCUUAUUAUGGUCACAAUGAGAUUGUUAAACUUCUCACCGAGAAUGGUGCCAAUGUUCGUGCGGAAGACAGCGCUGGAAAAACACCUCUUCACUGGGCUGCUGGGAAUGGUCAUGAGGAGGUCGUCCAACUUCUCAUCAAGAACGGGGCCGAUGUUAAUGCAAAGAGCAUAUAUCAAAAGACACCUCUUCAUGAAGCUGCUUGGAGUGGUCAAAAGAAGAUCGCUCAGCUUCUCAUCGAGAGAGGGGCUGAUGUUAAUGCAAAGAACAUAUAUCAAAAGACACCUCUUCAUGAAGCUGCUGUGAAUGGUCACAAUGAGACUGCUCAAUUUCUCCGUGGAAAAGGUGCAUUUAUGUGAAACCCCUGAUUAUGUUCUUUAAUUCCGGCGUAGCAAAUUGUUUUGAAAUUUAUUUUCUGUCAAAAAAUGUGAAUUACUUUUGAAUAAAGAAUCAUAAAUACAAUACUGAUCACCUGAAA